AUGUGCGGCAUCUGCUGUUCUGUAGGCUUCUCUGUUGAGCACUUCAGUAAAGAGUUAAGAGAGGAUUUGCUCUGCAACCUUAGGCGACGGGGUCCCAGUAGCAGCAAGCAGUUGUUAAAAUCUAGUGUUAACUAUCAGUGUUUGUUUUCUGGUCACGUCCUUCACUUGAGAGGUGUUUUGACUGCCCAGCCUGUGGAAGACGAGAGUGGCAACGUGUUCCUAUGGAAUGGGGAAGUUUUUAGUGGGGUCCAGGUUGAAGCAGAGGACAAUGACACCCAGGUUAUGUGCCGUAACCUUUCUGCCUGUAAGACGGAGUCUGAUAUUUUGGCACUCUUCUCCAAAGUCCGAGGUCCUUGGUCUUUUAUAUACUAUCAAGCCUCUAGCCAUUGCUUAUGGUUUGGAAGGGACUUUUUUGGCCGCCGUAGCUUGCUUUGGCAUUUUAAUAAUCUGGGCAAGAGUUUCUGCCUCUCUUCAGUUGGAGCCCAGGUAUCUGAGCUUACAGACCAGUGGCAAGAAGUUCCAACAUCUGGAAUUUUCCAAAUUGAUCUCAAUUCUGCUGCUGUUUCCAGUUGUGUGACUUUAAAAUUAUAUCCGUGGAAAUACGUUUCUGAGCAGAAUGUUAUUGAAGAAUGUGCUAUCGACCUGACUCAGACUCCAGCAGAAUUGCCGGCGCUUGUAUUGGUGGUAGCAAGUGAAGCCGAGCUGUAUCUUCCAAAACCCAUUGCUCCCUUAAAUAAGAUGCUGCCUGAAACUCCACUGGAAGCUCCCUGUAGAGACAGUUCCCGUGUACCACAUGCAAGAGAGACACUUGAGACAUUUCUGACGGAUGGACACACAAAAGAAGUAGUUCGGCAGUUCAUUGAUGUCCUGAGCGUUGCGGUCAAGAGACGUGUCUUAUGUUUAGCUAGGGAGGAAGUUUUACAAGCUUGUCAUAAGAAAGCAAGCAUUGCGAUCCUCUUUUCUGGAGGUGUGGAUUCCAUGGUGCUCGCAGCCCUUGCGGACCGUCAUGUUCCUUUAGAUGAGCCAAUCGAUCUCCUGAAUGUGGCUUUUGUGGGUAAACGAGAGAUUGGGCCACAUGUUCCUAACAUCGAAAAAAAACAGCAAAGCCGUCCCAAGACCCUGUCUGAAGAAUUCUGUCAGGGUGCCGCUGAGGUGCCGGACCGAGUCACAGGGAAAGCAGGACUGAAGGAACUGCAGUCUGUCAACCCUUCUCGGACUUGGAAUUUUGUUGAAAUCGAUGUUUCUCUUGAAGAGCUACAAAAUCUAAGAAGAGCUCGGAUAUGUCACUUAGUUCAGCCCUUGGACACGGUUCUGGAUGACAGCAUUGGCUGCGCCGUCUGGUUUGCGGCUAGAGGAAUCGGUUGCCUAGUGACCCAGGAUGCUGCGAGAUCUUACGAGAGCGCUGCAAAGGUGAUUCUGACUGGUAUCGGUGCAGACGAGCAGCUGGCAGGUUACUCCCGCCAUCGUGUCCGCUUUGAGGCUCUCGGCCUCGAAGGACUGAAUGAGGAAAUAGCCAUGGAACUGGGCCGCAUUUCCUCCAGAAACCUCGGUCGUGACGACAGAGUUAUUGGUGACCACGGAAAGGAAGCAAGGUUUCCUUUCCUGGAUGAGAAUGUCGUGUCUUUCCUAAAUUCCCUGCCGGUGUGGGAGAAGGCAGACCUGACUUUGCCCCGUGGGGUGGGUGAGAAGCUCAUCUUACGCCUAGCAGCUGUGGAACUCGGCCUCACAGCCUCCGCCCUUCUGCCAAAGCGGGCCAUGCAGUUUGGAUGUAGAAUUGCAAAACUGGAGAAUGUUAAGGAGAAGGCAUCUGAUAAAUGUGGAAGACUCCAGAUCCUACCAGAGCAAACCUCUCAGAAAGAUUGCGUCAUCCCGUGAUUCCACCAAUAAACAGCUGCUGCC